UCUAUUUCUUGCCACAUGCCGCUUCAGAGAGAUGACCACUCUCUCUAUUUCUCGCCACAUGCCGCCUCAGAGAGAUGACCACUCUUAACACCGUCUCGCAGCUCUCUCUCUCUCUCUCUCUCUCUCUCUCUCGUGUACAAAAAUCAAAUGAUAUAUAAUAAACAACCGAACCAGCAGAUCACUAAAGUUGAAAGAAACCCAUCAAAUUCAUUUGCAGAGGUGAUGAGGCUUUACCAUAGCUACGACCUGUCGCCGAACCAGUGCAGCUCAAUCCUGGUGCAGACCAUCGACGCUCCGCUGGCGCUGGUGUGGUCGAUGGUGCGGCGCUUCGACAACCCGCAGGCCUACAAGCGCUUCAUAAAGAGCUGCGCCCUCCUGGAGGGCGACGGCGGCCCCGGCAGCGUGAGGAAGGUGAUGUUGGUGUCGGGCUUGCCGGCGGGCACCAGCACGGAGAGGCUGGACGAGCUCGAUGACGACAGGCACGUGAUGAAGUUUAGCAUUAUCGGCGGCGAUCACCGCCUGGCCAAUUACCGGUCAACCACCACGCUGCACCGUGAGGAUGAUGGGUCCAGCGCCGGCGGGAGGACGGUGGUGAUUGAGUCCUACGUGGUGGACGUGCCGGCGGGAAGCAGCAAGGAGGACACUUGCUUGUUUGCUGAUACCAUUGUUAGGUGUAAUCUCAAGUCUUUGGCUAAUGUGAGUGAGAAAAUGGCCAAGGGUAACGUAGCUAUAGUGUAAUAGUAUGUGAUAUCUAUGAUAAUUAAACUUAAAUUUUAAGUUUAGGUCUGUGAUGAAAACGAUAGUUAAAGGGGUUGACUCCAUUUAUAUUUGUAAUGGUUCUUAAUUAGGUUAUUCAUUUUUCCCCCUUUCCUUCUGGACUGGGUUAAUUUGUAGUUCAGCUUUCAUCCCAAAAGUCAAGUAGUGAGAUUUUGGCUUGUAGUGGCUAAGGGUGUUUAUUGGUCGAUUGGACCUAAAAAUCAAUCACAAAUCAAUCUAGACUAGAUUGUGCGAUUGAGAUGGUUUGAUUUGGGGUU